GUUCAAUAAACAUUUCUAAGUACCUUCGUGCUUUUAAUAUGAUAUAGAUAAAGAUUGUGAGAUAAGGUAACACUUGAUGAAAUAAAAUUUGUAAUGAUAAUGUUUGUAGAUAAUAUUGAUUUAAAAUUCACUUAUAUAAGCGGAUCACAUCUUCUCGUAAAUGAAAUAAUUUAUCAGCAUUUUAAGUAGGUGUCUUAAUUCUAAAUUGUUUUAUCUUUUUACAAUUUGUAUUUAACUUUUUGCACCAAAAGAGUUGAUGAAUAAUGCUUGCUUAAAGGGAAAAACUGUCGUUCAACUUUUGAUGGUUGUUUUCGUCUUUCAACUUUUACCUUUGAGGCUUCCCACUUAUAGAAUAAUAUAGUAUAGUAUAUAUGAUUAUAUGAUAUAGAUAUAAAUAUAUAAUAGAGGGAUCAUAAACACAAUUCUGCAAUAGCAUAAGUGCUAAAUUUGCUAUUUCCCCAAACUUGGAGCUUUCACUAUAAGAAGGGAAAAACAUUAAACCUAGUCUCCAACUUCAAGAGUUAUAGUUGCUGCAACUCAAAUGGAAUCCAGAGGCGAUGAAGUCAUCCCUCGACACCCAAAACGGAGCAAACCCACAAAUCCUGCCCAUUUUUCGUCCAUUUUAAGCCAAGAUUCAGUCUUGCCAAUGCCUAACCUUCCUACAGAACUCAUCCUAGAAAUCUUGUUAAAGCUUCCGGUGAAAUCCCUAUUGCAAUUUAGAUCUGUUUCGAAAUCUUGGCUUUCCUUAAUCUCUAGCCCUGAAUUUGUGAAGGCUCAUCUCUCUUCAUCCGCUAGUAACAAGAACUACACCCACCAUGGAGUUAUGGUUAAGGUUUCUACUGAAUCUGUCUUCGUUGUUAAGGAUUGUUCUCUUAGGUCUUUGCUUUACCAUCCUGUAACGGAGGCAUUUGACUUGGAUUAUCCCGGUAAAAGUCCCAAUCAUUAUCUUUGGUUUGUGGGUGUUGUCAAUGGAUUGAUUUGUUUUUCCAUCCGUCUAUUUGACGGAUUGUACGACUUGUUUCUAUGGAAUCCAUCAAUUAGAAAGUAUAAGAAAUUGCCUAAUUUUAGACUUGAUGUAAGUCGCCGUUACUAUUUGGAUGGACAUGUUAAUUUCAAAUUUGGUUUUGCAUACAAUGAGUUGCAAGAUGAUUACAAGGUAGUGGGUAUUUUUCCUAUUUAUACAAGGGGACACUUGAGUCGUGUUGAGGUCAAAAUAUAUAGUCUUAAGAGGGAUUCUUGGAGAUGCAUUGAUGAUUUUCGACGUCAAGAGCUCUUGGCUGGUUCUGCUAAGUUUGUCAAUGGGAAACUUCAUUGGCUUGACAAGCAAUGGAACAUCAUUUCUAUUGAUUUGGCUGAUGAGAAAUGGGCAGAGCUAGAGCGACCAUCCUGUUUUAAACAAUAUGUAUUUUUGAAGCUAGGAGUGUUAGGGGGUGAUCUUUCUGCAUCUUAUAUUUAUGCAUCGAGUCAUGCAGAUGUCUGGGUUAUGAAGGAGUAUGGGGUAAAAGAAUCUUGGACUAAGAUAUUUACCACCAAGUCUCCUGGUUAUCCUAUGACACAUCCAUUGCAUCCAACCAUUUUAACGUCAAAUGAAGGUGAACUUUUGUGCAUGUUUGGAGGUCGCUUGAUGAAAUACAAUACAAAGGAUAACAUGAUCAGCUAUCUAGAUGUUACCAACUUUGGUCCAUGUCUUGAGGCAGAAAUCUAUGUUGAGAGCCUAAUUUGUCCCUUUUCACAGCAGGGAUAACGAAUGCCACAACAACGGAGGCUGAAAUUAUUCAGAUGAAGACAAUUGUGUGACUAAUAACCUGUAAGAGUUGCAC